AGAAUUUUUAAAUCUCACAAAUUUUAAGUUCAUAAAAAGAAUUAAAUUUGGAACUCCUGUGCGCUGCAAUGACGUAAAACACAUUUCCACUCCACAAAUCAUGCAUACACCGGUCAAAAAUAUGUGAAUAGAGAGAAAAAGUGACAAUGUCGCAAGAAUACAAAAUAAAAAGUCACUAGGUACAUGCGCUUCGUUUUACGAAUGCUAUGAAGACGCAUGCGCACUGACAUGCGCACAAUGAACAAAAUCCCGCCAAAUAAUAGUUAAAACUUUCAUUGAUAGCAUACACGUGGCGUCCUGUCAGUUUUGCUAAAUAUCGGUUGCCAAAAAUGAAUACAAGAUAUAAUAAUAUUUUUAUAGCAGAAGAUAUGCAACAGUAAGAAAUAAAAUUAGAUGAAAAUAAAAGUGUACGGUGUCGUCACGUAUUAAAACGAUAAAGUGCAAUGCAUGCGUCAGAAACUGUGAUGAUUUGAAUAUUAUUUUUCUAUAGAAUAUUUUACCGCGUUUUUUAUAUGAUUACUUCAAGGAUAAUGUUUACACGUCAAACUUUUGUUAAUGCUUUAAUGUUUGAAACAAGAGAUUAUACACUAUUGCUAGUUGAAGUUUUUGAAAAUGGCAAAUCCAAAUCAUUGGACGAUUCUUCCCAAAGGGAUGACACAUGAUUUUAUUUCGAUCGAUGGAGAUUAUGAUUUUCCAUUUUAUAUUUCUGAGAAAGAAGAAUGGGUCAAUUAUAAAUAUCUAGAAAAAAAUAAAGGUAAAGUAAUAAUAAGCGAGCCUUGUUUGAUCAUGGAAUUACACAGACUUGUGCCUUAUUUAGAAAAUGGUAGUGUAAAAUUUCACCCGCUUAAUAUGCCUUAUAUUAAAAUUGGAAAAAUAGAAAUAGUAGGAUUUGUUCUAAAUAUAUUAGAAGAUGAAAAAUAUUAUGAAUAUCAGGUUGAUGAUGGAACAGGAAUUAUUAGUAUUUUUUAUGACAAAACAAGAUUCAACUUAAAUAGCAGAAAAAGAUGGAACAUUGAUUACAAGUAUAAAAAAUAUGCGACUAAUAUAAAUAUUAAAUUACUGGAUAAACAGAAAUAUCCAUUAAAGUUUCCUAGUCCACGACCAAAUUUUAAUUAUUCGCCAAGUAGAAGUGAGCAUGAAAAAGCUGUAAGUGAAAAAAAAUUUUUUCUAUAUAUUUUAUAUAAAAAGAAUGGAACAAUUUAUUUUUUACAGCUGUUGGAGCAUAGAUGGUCAUUAGAAACAAAUAAUGGUUUAUUGGGUAAGGAGGUAGCCCGUUAUGAUUAUGUAUAUGCAGUAGGAUACUGUACACUUGAUUUUUGCUAUCAAAAAAAAUCACGUAAAGAGAUUACAUUUGAAGAUUUAUCCAGUACAAAAUUGACUUUCUAUGCAACUAAGGUCACUUGCAUUAGUGAAUUUGAAUAUAAUGCAAAAUUACAAUCAUGGUUGCAUACAAUUAUUCAAAAAAGAUACAAUGAAACUUUGAACUGUUCACAAAUUUCUAAAUAAUUUAAUGUUAAGAUGUUGAAAGUUAAGAUAAUGAAAAAGUACCAAAAUUAGUAUAGGCUGUACAGGAAGAUAUAAUUUAUAAGCGAUAAAGUAUGAUAAGAUUAAUGUGAUAUAAGAUAUGUUAUUUAAAAUGCUUUUAUUUAUCAU